AGGCUGCCGGGCUGUCCCGCGGACCUUCUGUUAGGCUGCGGUCCCAGGCUCUCCGCCGCAGUGCGGCUCGGGUAAGGUGGGCGCCCGCUGGGCUCCGCUCAGGCUUCGGGUCCCAGGCGGUGGGUCUCUGGCCGCCGCUCGCCUACCCGCUCUCAGAACCCGCGUCGGCCGGGUGUUUGGAUACUGAGGGGCGGGGAAGGAAGCAUUUUCUCAGCAUGCGGUCCUCCCUGCAGGCAGUGGUGCUCUGGGGAAAGAAGGCCCCUUCCCACAGCAUCACUGCCAUCAUGAUCACUGAUGACCAGCAAACAAUUGUGACUGGAAGUCAAGAGGGUCAGCUCUGUCUCUGGAAUCUGUCACCUGAACUAAAGAUUUCGGCAAAAGAACUUCUGUUUGGUCAUUCGGCUUCAGUAAGAUGUUUGGCAAGAGCAAGAGACUUCUCUAAACAGCCUUAUAUCAUUAGUGCUGCUGAAAAUGGGGAGAUGUGCGUUUGGAAUGUCACCAAUGGACAGUGCGUGGAGAAGGCCACACUUCCGUACAGGCACACUGCAAUCUGUUAUUACCACUGCUCAUCCCGGAUGACAGGAGAAGGCUGGCUUCUAUGCUGUGGAGAAUAUCAAGACAUUCUUAUAAUCGAUGCCAAAACUUUGACUCUUGUUCACACUUUUACAUCAUCUCAGUCUCCUGAUUGGAUCAACUGCAUGUGCAUUGUUCACUCCAUGAGAAUUCAAGAAGAUUCUCUCCUGGUGGUAUCAGUAGCUGGUGAACUCAAAGUAUGGGAUCUCUCUUCAUGUAUCAGCAGCAUUCAGGAAAAGCAAGAUGUCUAUGAAAAGGAAUCCAAAUUUCUUGACUCGCUGAACUGCCGGACAAUACGAUUUUGCACAUAUACAGAGAGACUUCUAUUAGUGGUAUUUUCUAAAUGUUGGAAGGUUUAUGAUUAUUGUGAUUUUUCCCUUUUGUGCACUGAAGUUGGUAGAAGUGGGCAGUUUUUUGCUGGUGGAGAGGUGCUUGCUGCUCACAGAAUCAUCAUCUGGACGGAAGAUGGUCACAGUUACAUCUAUCAGCUGCUGAACAGUGGGCUUUCAAAAAGCAUAUACCCUGCUGAUGGAAGAGUGCUUAAAGAGACCAUUUAUCCUCAUUUACUGUGCUCUACUUCUGUGCAGGAAAAUAAGAGCCUUCCCUUUGUUAUGGGUUACAUCAAUGAAAAGAAAGAGCCUUUUUAUAAGGUACUUUUCUCUGGAGAAGUCUCAGGAAGAAUUACUUUGUGGCACAUCCCUGAUGUUCCAGUAUCCAAGUUUGAUGGUUCCCCUAGAGAAAUACCAAUAACUACUACCUGGACCCUUCAAGAUAAUUUUGAUAAGCAUCAUAUCAUGUCACAAAAUAUUAUUGACUACUUCAGUGGGUUUAAAGAUGGAGCUGGAACUGCAGUAGUCACUUCAUCAGAGUAUGUUCCAAGUCUGGAUAAACUAGUAUGUGGCUGUGAAGAUGGGACAAUUUUCAUUACACAGGCUUUGAAUGCUGCCAAAGCAGGUCUUCUAGAAGGCGGUUCUUUAUUAAAAGAUUCCCUUCCUCAAAAAGUUCUCAAAGGCCAUCACCAAAGCGUUAUUUCAUUACUUUACCCACAUGGUCUCUCUUCAAAAUUAGACCAAAGUUGGCUGGUGUCUGGAGACCAGGACUCAUGUGUCAUCUUGUGGAAUAUCUUUACUGAAGAAAUUUUGCAUAAAUUCUUUUUGGAAGCUGGUCCAGUAACAAGUCUUUUGAUGUCACCAGAGAACUUCAGACUAAGAUGUAAUCAGGUCGUCUGCUGUGUAUGCAGUGAUCAUUCUGUGGCUCUCCUUCACCUUGAGGAGAAGAGGUACCUCUUUUGUGCCCGGAAACACCUGUUCCCUGUGAGGAUGAUAAAAUGGCACCCAGCUGAGAAUUUUUUAAUUGUUGGAUGUGCAGAUGACUCUGUUUACAUCUGGGAGAUUGAAACUGGUACUUUGGAAAGACAUGAAACAGGAGAAAGAGCAAGAAUUAUUCUUAAUUGUGAUGAUUCACAGUUUCUAAAGCCUGAAUCUGUACUUUCAGUUGCCUCAGAGACACCCAAGCACAAAAGUGUAGAACCAAGAUCCUCCAGCUCCUACCAGUUUGGGCCAGUACCUUGCCCUGGUCUGCAGGUGGAGCCUUCAUGUAAGGCUACUGAUGCCAAAUCUUUCUCUGGUCCUUUUAAUGUCUUGCCUGUGAAGACAAAAUGGAGUAACAUAGGCUUUCAUAUCCUUCUAUUUGACCUGGAAAACCUUGUUGAACUUCUGCUGCCGACUGCAAUCUGUGACCCUUCCAAUUCAUUCAAUGGCAGCGAGAUCCUGAGAAGAGCCAAAAGCACAGUAGAGAAGAAAACACUGACACUGAAAAGAAAUAAAACUGCCUGUGGUCCUCUCUCAGCAGACGCACACGCCAAGCCUGUUAGUGAAAGCCUAGCCCAAGGAGAUAAUUCGAUAACAUUCUUCGAAGAAAAUGAUGGCAUUAAAAGGCAGAAGAAACUGAAGAGUUCCAAAAAGACACACCCUAAGCCAUCAAGAAAAUUUGAUGCCAACCUCAUAAUCGAUGCAGCUAAAUUGCUCCUAUCUUGCCUUUUGCCAUGGGGAGUGGAUAAAGAAUUAGAUAAUCUCUGCAUUAAGCAUCUCAAUAUUUUGAAGCUUCAGGGUCCCGUUUCUUUAGGACUUGCUUCAAAUGAAGACUACUUCUCAUUGAUGCUUCCAGGUUGGGAUUUAUGCAAUGCUGAAAUGAAAAAAGACUGUUCAAAAGUAAAUUUAUUUUCCAGAAAAGUUUUGGAUUUGUCAAAUAAAUACACAUCCACUCUUCCAAAUCAGGCUGGGAUGCCAAAAAGAGAGGAAAAUGAUUGUGAUUCUUUGCAAGAGUCAAAUACUAUAGUUUAUCUAUUGAGAAGACUAUUUUUAGUUAACAAAUUAGUUAACAUGCCUGUAGAAUUGGAAUGUGGAAUUGACAGUUCUUUCAAAAUGGAAUCUGUGCAUAACAAGGUGAAAAGUCCUGGGAAUGAUAUUUUGCAUAUUUCAAGCUUCUACAGUUACUUACGAAAUGAUAAGAAUGAAUCCCAUAUACCUGAAGCUGAUGUUUCACUUCUGAAGCUUAUUUCCUGUUGGAGAGACCAGUCUGUGCAGGUAACUGAAGCAAUACAAGCUGUUCUCUUGGCGGAAGUUCAACAACACAUGAAAACCUUGAAAACUAGACCAAUCAACAGUCAACCAGAGUCCAUUACUGAGAAUGGUAAAUAUGAGAAGAUGCAGAUUCAGCCAAAGAUGGAAUGGGCCGAGGCACUAGAGUUGCAGUGCGUUACAGACGGUUUGCCUCUGCAAACUUCAACCAGUCUGGUCAAGCAUGACAGCAACUCAAACUCGGCAAACUUCCAAGACGCAGAGGACAUGCCUGACAGAUGUGUCGUGGAAGAUUCUGAGAGUCCAGGUAAGCCAAGACCUCAUUCAUGGAUUGCAAAGAUGUGCUUCUGCAAGCUGUGCUAAAUGAAAUAUUAUCUGUAGGAACUGGAUUUGGAUAAAUAAGGAAACCAAAAACAUGUCAUUUGUUUAUCAUUGUAUAUAAGCUAUGUUGUUAUUGAUCAAGACAUUAGGUAGUAGUAGAUUUGCUAAUACUUUAGCCAGAGUACAUGAAAGUGUAAUUACUGAUCAAAAAUAUCCAAACUUAUCUAAUUGUAUAAAAUCAUUGUCUAAAUCAUCCUAUAUUUCUGUUUCUUACUUUUCUUUUCAUAAUUCCAGCAAGGAAUGGUAGCCUACAGAAGCAAAUUUAACACCAUUUUAGAUUUUCUUCUAUCUUUUCAGUUCCUGAAUUAUAUAAUAAACAACAUUAAAACCACCUUGCUUUUAAACAAUGUAACACAAUGCUUUUAAUUUUAAUAUUGUUUCAGUGUAUUUAAUCUAAAACUUUACCAAAUUUAUUCAAUUUGUUAGGAUAGGACAUUUUGUUUUAGUAGAUACUUUAAUUCAGAUCAAUCACCCUGCAGUAAAUCUGAUCCCUAAGGAUGAAAUGUUGUCAACAAAUAGCUAGUUCCAUUUAGUCGUCGAUUAGCCCAAAUAAGUGAUACACAAUAUAACUGAGACCAAUCUUGUGAGUCAAGUUAAUUCAGACUUCUAAUAACAUAGAGGCUAAUCUUUAGCUAAAGGAUGAUCUUGUUGGACAUGUAGUUGUGAACUAGGAAAGGGGUAUCUACUUAUAGCACAGCACAAUUGAUCCUUAUGAAGCAUAAAUUCUUAUAGUUCUCUUCCCAGAAAGAAGUGUGGCUUACAGGAAUUCUUAAACUAAAAUAUGUGAAGCAGUGUAAAUAGGAACAGACAUAAAGUGCCCAUCUAUUAAGGUCUUUAGUUACCUGAUUUAUUUGCUGAUUUAUCUUGUACAAUUCCUGGAUUUACAGAAAAUUAUCAAAGAUUAUUAGUUUGUGUAUAAAUACAAAUGUUGCUUAGUCCAUAGAAAAAUGGAAAUACAAAUUUAAAUAUAUGAUAUCUAUAUCUACCUAUCUGUCUAAUAGGCAAGUUCCAGUCACUUCAAUUCAACAAACAUUUUGGGGACACCAGCAUUAACUCUUGUUCUGGGAUGUAGUGGUCCAGGAUACGGGAGAUUAGAGAAUAGAAAUAGCAUGGUCUGUACCCUUAAGAAGCUUAUAAUUAAUGAUUGAUGUGAAUGAAUAUACCAGAAAAUAAACAUAAAAUGGGUGUGACUCCUUUAAAAUAGAUGGAAAUGUGUGCCCUUUCUUUCCUCUCAGACAUGAUACCAUUGCUUGUAAUAACUUUUGAGCUGUAUUUCACGAACAAUAACACUGAUAAUAUGAAUAAUCAUGGAAAAUUAUCAUCCCUCGAAAAUCGACAUAAAUGCUUUGGAAAUAGUCAAUUACUAUUUGGAACAGGUUUCAAAAUAAAGGAAUGUAGCAAGCUAGGCAAUGGAACACAAUCUCUUGCAUGCUGUGUACUGGCUCUGAAGGCCAUUACAAGAAGGACUCCCAAAAACAUCUUUAAUGAUGGCAAUAUCAAAUAAAUUCAUGUCCUCUCAAAGGGCAAUUUUAAUAGUUAAAACUUAUUUGGAUGCUCACAUUUUAGCGUUAUAUAAAAAUAAGCUUUAUUUAUGUAGCUAUGUCCUAUUAUUCCCUUUUCAAAGGAGAAUAAAAAUGAGUUUAAACCAUUGCCAUAUUUAGCAUUUUUGUAGGUCUAAGAAAACCAAUACUGAAUCUUUGAUAAAUAUUUUAUGAUGUCACUACCUAUAGGAAAUUAGAAUUAGCAUAACCCUGUCAUUACUAAAUGAGAUUUUCAAGAUAUUUUUGCUGAAAUUUAAUAAUUCAUAUAUAUGACUAAUUGAAAUCUUUUAUCAAUAUAAAUUCUGGAGUCCAACACCAUUAAGUAUUAAAACUUUUAAUUCCUAAAAUGAGUUUUAGAAAUAUACAUUUAAGUGAUGUUUCCCAAUAUCCAGUGCAAGUGUGUUUAUGACACAAAUCUACUAGUCUGUUUAAAAAUGAUUUCUUUAUAUUGACUUAUACUCAACAUGUUUCAGUAAUUUCUGUUGUAAAGAGAACUUGAAAGAGCAAGUUGCCACACAAUUAAUUGGAUCAACCACUUACCCUAACCACUUGGUGCUACAGCUAGAAAGUCAAAACUGACUGCCUCUUGAUUACAUGUUUGUCCUUCUGAUGGCCUAGCCUUAAGUAACAAGUGGAAAAAUCGUAUUAGUAAAUGAAUGUGUUCGUAUCCAGUCUUC